AUGGUCCGAAAUCAGUUCGUUAUUCAAGUUCGCAGAAAUGCUGAAGUUUUUUCAAAAGUGGGAGUAGUAACAUCACCAAGUUUGAAGAAAAAGUUCCAUGAAUCCGGUCAGAACUUCAUCCACAAAGAACUGUCUUACCGUGGUGUUAUUCUGUACCCAUGGCCCGGAACAACUGUCGAUGCCGAGGGAGAGUCUGAAAAGACUCUUUUCUAUCAAGUACUUGUGGAUCAGCGGGAUGCGGAAGAGCUGCCGAUGGAACACGAGCUGCUCAGGAUUUCUGAUGCGGAUCGUGAAGCUUUCGAUUUCUCUCCAACCCGAUUCAAAAAUUGGGAUAUCGCGACCCACGAAGAGAUCUUCCCGUUCGACCCCAUCGACACCAGUCUAGGAGUGAAGCAUCAUCUAAUGCAUCAUUUCCUCAAGACGUUCUACUCGUACAAGGAUGGAACGCCGACCUGGGAAGUAAAAAGAACUCCGACUCUGACGUAUUGGAUGAACAAGUUCUCGUCUAAGCCGCUUGUUUGCCAUGUUGCAGAGGCCGAGUUUGACGUAGCGAUGGAAGAAGACUCGACUGAAUCGAAAGAUGUUGUAUCGAUUCAUGUAAUUCCUUAUCAUCUAACAACAAACAAUGUUCAAAACUUCAAUUUUAUCGGACAUCUGACACGAUUUGCAUCACAGAACAGCACUGAAUAUGAAAUUAUCGAGAGGACGGUCAUUGCUGAAAACGAUCAAACGGGCGAUAUCAAAGAAGAUGUUGCCAAACUGAACAUCGCUCUCGGCGGCGAGUACAACAACAUCUACCAGCACUCCCGGCACAUAGAAAUCCCACACGGUGAAAGUCAUCUGGUCUUCAAUUACAGGGUGAAGCGACUAUCAGAUGGACUCGAGAAAGACAUCAUGUCACAGUUGAGAGAGCGAAUCGCCACGCAUUUGGUCGGCAUGCAUUUUCAAGACCAGGAGACUCUCUUGGAUACAACUGAUGCGCGAUUUCUCCAACCACCAGUAGAGCAAGAGGCAAGACCGCAAGCAGCGCGUGAUGAUUGGAACCGCAUUGACGAGGAUAACACAUGCCUUGUCUCUCAGCGACUUCUGAAAAGCUACCAGAAGAAACGACAGCUUCUACGAAAUGAUCAGCACGAACGAGAAACCAACUAUCGAAAUAGUUUGAAGACAGAGUAUCUUGGAUACAGACGAUUUUCACCACUGGCAUUGAAGAUAGAGCAUGAAACGCUCGAGCGAAACAUGAAAGCUGUCCGAGAGAAGAUAAUGACUCCGGAAAACAGAGAACUAGACGUGAAUACAGUCGUCAUCACUGUUGCCGUAUUCCUUCCGAAAUCGAGAGGAAAUCAAACUCGACAAGCAUGCGAGUUCAAAAUUCAUAAUCAAACGAGGCUGGUGGAUCUUGUUGACCGUCUGGUUUGUCCGAACGACCAAAUUUCAAUGGUCCGCGGGGAGGAGUUCGCUAAAGAUCCAACGAGAGAUCCUAGACCAUAUGCUGCCGAUAUGUUUCCAGACAAAUUUUUAUUUAUACACGAUACUUUCUACUACGACAACAGGAAUGAGCAAUCGCUCCAGGUCGCUUCAAGAAUCAAAGAUUUUCUUGAUCGUCGGCCAAUCUCGAUUCCCAAGCCGACGAAACUUAUUCCGCUCGUUGCUGAUCCGGAAAACGGUUACGACAAUGACGUUUUGGUAGAUGAUCUAGAGUUCAACUUGGGAAUGCCAUAUCUUUACCAGCAUGUCCGAGACUGUGAACAUCUGAUUGUAUUUAUGGAUAUGAAAGCGAUAAGCAUUUCUGAUCCACAGACGCUCGCAGAAUAUCCGCAAAUGAUGAACAAGCCGACUCCCCGACGCGUUCUUUGUCGAGUUUGUGAGAUGCAUUCGGCUGUUUGGGAGACAAGAAAAGAUGAAGAAGCAGACUAUGAUCCUUGUUUCUGGUGUGAGAAGUGCUUCCAUAUGUUUCACUAUACAAAAGACGAAAAAAUGGCGCACAGUUUUCUUGCUAGGCCUUUUACGGAUCCCGCUAUUCUCUACGGGGAUAUGAAGAAUGAAGAGCCGAGUGGCGAAACAAAUGAAGAAACGAUGGAAGAAGAAUGA